AUGAAGUUAGCUGUCGAUUUGAAGCAGAAAAACCAUGGACAGUCUCAGAUUUGGACUCUACGGUCAUACUUUCUUCGUAAGGAGGCUGAUGACUGCCUUCAAGGGGAAGGAAGUACAGAUGAAGAAGAAUCCAUGCGGAAAUCGACAUAUGCGAUUUCACCUCUGAAAACUAGAUUUCGUGGAGAUAAGAUUGGAUGA